AUGGGAAAACCCACUUCUCCUCUCCCCGGCCUCGCCGGAAGCAGCUCCGACGCCGUGUCGCUCCACAGCCAGCCCAGCGACCGUGUGUACGAUAACGAUGCUCCAGAACUGCAAUCCGACAUGCCGCCUCUCUACUCGGACAUAGAGCCAGACACAACUGCCAACGCACCCCUCCUCCCAAUUAUCCAUAACCCUUCGUACGUUGUGGACCUCGAGGACAACGGCACCAGCUUCCACCAAGUAGACGCAAACACUGGGGCUGAAUUCCUUAUCCACCCGACCCUAGACCAAGAUCCAUCCAUCUUGGAACGCCAAAUCCGGAAGUCAGCCACCAAACCGCCACGCCCCUCCGUCCGCGUUCUCGGCACCCACAGCCAAACCGUCCAGGAGAAGGGCAAGUCGGAGAAGAAGACCAUCACCGACUUUGACGUCUCGGUGGAGCUCACGCCCUACCUCUUCUCGGAUGCCGCGAGGGGCACGUCCUGGACAGAACUGCGUACCGUUGAGAACACGGAGCGCACCCGGCGCGGUACCACCCUGCGGAAGCGGGCGCCCGGUGUCAAGCGGGACCUUGAGGUCUCUGACUCAAAACCGACUCUCGCUGAAUGGUGCCACCGGUACUGCGCCAGUCAUGCCGGCAUUAAAUCGUUCGUCCUCAAGAGGCAAGUGGUGGGCUUCGACGAGGAGAAAAUGAAGCAGAAACUGGAGACGCUCGUCCGCGGAACCAACUACCGUGGGAAAGUCACCAUCUCGUUCCCGGUCAGGGACGACUACGUGACGGUCUACAGUGAUUGCAAGCCCAACAGGUGGCGCUUGACUCCUUGGAUUGUCUGGAUGUGUUAUCUCAGCUUCAUGUGGCUUCUCACUUGGCCGUACCUCUUCUUCCGAACCAAACGGUUUGAGGUAGCCGUUGCUGAUUGGCCGUUCUCGAUUACGGAGGAAAAUGGAAACAAGCGGUAUGUGAGUAUGUCUGAGGACCAUCUUUACAACCUUUGGGGUCGGGCCAUCAGUCGGGCGGUUUUGGACAAGCGGCAAGGCACCCUGGACCAGGAGGACCUCAUCGCCUCCCAGACUGCCCCCGAAGAACCGUUCGGCGCCGCCCUGGAGGGCGCUCCGAGCUUCCUUCGACAUGGGAUCAAUGCCAUCACUGCAGUGAAUCGCCAACUAGGCUGGGGCGGGGAUUCGUGGUAG